UGGUCGACGACGUUCAAGGACAGCUUGGCCACGAUCGGCAACAUGGUCAUGAUCAUGCACCCGUGGAACGACCCGAUCGUGCUUCGUCGAAGCUGGUGCGUCUUUGAGGUCUACGUCGCAGUGACAAUGGGCGCGCGCUUUGAGAUUGCACUGGCGCAAGACCAAGAAGCCACGUUUCUCGCUGACAUGGCUGAAGACGGCGCCUUUCUCCAGAUGCUGGCGACCAUCAAGAGCGAAAACUCAGAAGCGACAAUUGCCGGGGACCGCGACGGUAUCUUUGCGUUGAUUCGCGCCGAGACGUCAUUCGUAGCCGUCGACCGGCUCAUCUUCUCUACGCUGUCUACAUGGAUCAAGACAACCUUGGAAGCAUCGAUCGCGUCGGCGCCAACGCCAGCCGAGAAGGCGGCGCGCUGGUUGCAGCUUGGUCUCAUCUACACCCGCGAGACUAAGGACGCCGAGAGCGAGCGCUGCUGUCGCCACGCGGUCGACUUGUUUACGCAAUCGCGCGGCCCGGACGCACCUGAGACGCUUGCUGCCGCGUCGCAUUUGGCCUAUGCAAUCGCGUACCAGCGCAAGCCGCGCGACGAGUGGGAGCCGGCCUUUACCGCAUCGCUCGCGUCGCUCGAGCGCCAACUCGGUGCCGCCGACUGCCGGUCGCUGCGGUCGCGCGCCGACUUUGCCGCGUCGCUGGCUUGGAACGGAGACUUUACCGCGUCCCUCGACAUGAGCAUGACGCUGCUGGACCUCCAGCGACACUCGUUUGGCCUCGGCGACUGGCGCACGGCCAGCACGUUGAGCAUGAUUGGCAUCAACCACUUCCAACUCGGCGCCCGGCGCGUCGCGGCUCGCUGGCUCGCAAAGGCACUGCCAAUUCAAGAAGCGCAUUUUGGCAAGGACCAUACGUCGACGACACUCACGAUUUCGUUCCUGGCGGGCGCGUUCAUGUUUCUCGGGGAGCUGCAGCGGGCGCUGCCGCUGGCUCAGCACCUUGUCGAGACCAGCGAACGGACGCGGGGCCCGGACAACAGCGGCACGAUGGUCGACAAGAUGAACCUCGCAAUGGUCACGCUCAUGGCCGGGCAUCUGCACGAAGCAACGACGCAGCUCGAGGCGCUUGAAGAUGCACUUGUGAGCCGCUCUGACCUCUCGCACCAUCAUCGAGAAGUGUUAAAACACUUGGCCGUCGCGUAUUGGGCUGCCGGCAAGUAUGACGUCGCCGCGUCAUGCUACCGCCGCAUUUUCGAGGCGACGCCCGAUAAGGAGAGCGCGUGGCUGCUCGUCGGCUUCCUUCUCGACGCACCACCGACGACCGCGCAGCGCGACGAGAGCUUGGCGCGCGUACGCCAGUACAUGAUGACGAGCCACGAUGACGCGCCCGAGUCGUGGCCCAUGAGCUGCACGGUGUGCUGCCAGCCGGUGCACGGCCGCCUCGCCAAGUGCGAUAGUUGUCCAAAGGCACUGUUUGUGUUUUGUGCGUCGUGCCUUCAGCGGCACCCGCGCCGCGCUUUGAAAUUCUGCGCCCACGACCAUGCGACGACCGCGUAUGCGACGAUGACGCCGCCGCGUCGCUUCUUUUUUGAAGCGGACCUCGUCUCAUUGGAUGUUUCCUUUGACGAGAUCGACGGGAUCUUUUGUGCGUACGAGACGUACUGCGACGCGCACAGCGUGCCACGUCAUGAGCGGUUGCCGCGGUCGUCGGUGCCCAUCUUGAGCCGUGCGUGGCACCCGAUGCUGUAGCUUGGUAUGUAUUGCUGUGAAUGGAACCAAGACGUACAAUAAAAAUUGUACUAAAGUUUCUAGAAA